AUGUUCUAUGUUGAUGGCGGAGGAGUUGGAGGUGGUUUGGCUUUACUGUGGCGUGAUAAGGGGGUGGUGCAGUUGAUUAGCUACUCCAAAAACCAUAUAGACGUUCAAGUUCGGCUGCCUGGCAGCUUACCUUGGCGUUUGACGUUUUAUUAUGGCUACCCUGAGCGAUGUAGAAGACAGCAAGCUUGGAAUUUUUUACGGUCUUUAAAGCACAACUCCGACCUUCCUUGGAUGGUUGUUGGGGACUUUAAUGACAUUGCAUCUCCCGAAGAGAAACGUGGUGUUCAUCCUCAUCCUACUCAGCUGAUGGAUGGUUUCAAUGCUGCGUUAGAAGAUUGUGGAUUAUUCGAUCUUGGGAUGCGUGGCCGACGCUUUACGUGGGAGCGCGGCAGAGGGACCGAGAGUUGGGUUGAGGAACGGUUAGACCGAGCUGUGGCAGGCGUUGAUUGGUGUAGUAUGUUCCCACAGGCGACCGUUCAGAAUUUUGAUGUGAUGACUUCGGAUCACACAGCGAUCUUUGUUGAAUUAGAAGGUCCUAAAUAUGCUCGACGUCGCCGAAGUUUUUUAUUUGAGAACGCUUGGCUGAAAGAUAAUGGAUGCAAAGACACGGUUCUCGAGUCUUGGAAUUCUUCGUUAGGCGACUGUCUAACUACUAGACUCCAUCUUUGUGGUGCUGCUCUUCGUAGGUGGGGCGGAGAUUUUGCAAAACGUACCCAGAGAGAUAUUGAAAAUAUUCAGAGGCAGCUUAAUUCUCUUCGAGAUAGACGAGAUAUGUCUGGUUUGGCUGAGUUUCGAAGGUGGGGCGGAGAUUUUGCAAAACGUACCCAGAGAGAUAUUGAAAAUAUUCAGAGGCAGCUUAAUUCUCUUCGAGAUAGACGAGAUAUGUCUGGUUUGGCUGAGUUUCGAAGUAGAAGGAGGAAAAAUAGAAUUGAUAAGCUUAAGGAUGAUUCGGGUCAAUGGUGCGAAGGUAUAGGGCUUCUGGAAGUUGCUACGAAAUAUUUUACGUCCAUAUUCACGUCUAAAGGCUCUUUUAUGGAUGGUCUUUUAGAUGAUUUGGCUCCUCGAAUAUCUAAUCAGGACAACAGUCGGUUGAUGCAACCUUUCACAAUUGAGGAAGUAAAGGAAGCUUUAUUUUCUAUGGCCCCCGAUAAAUCACCUGGACCGGAUAGAUUUAGUCCGGCGUUUUAUCAACAUUUCUGGGCUGAGGUUGGAUUUAGUCCGGCGUUUUAUCAACAUUUCUGGGCUGAGGUUGGACCGGAUGUGGCAAAUUUUUUAAUUGGUUGUGCUAAUGAAGGAAGAUUCCCGUCUGGAAUGAAUGACGCCAUUAUCACGCUCAUACCAAAGAAAUCUGGAAUGAAUGACGCCAUUAUCACGCUCAUACCAAAGAAAUCUGGAAUGAAUGACGCCAUUAUCACGCUCAUACCAAAGAAAUCUGUUCCGAAUGACGCCAUUAUCACGCUCAUACCAAAGAAAUCUGUUCCGGUCGCUAUGUCGGAUCUCCGACCGAUAGCAUUGUGCAAUGUUACGUACAAGAUUUAUUCGAAGAUGUUAGCAAACCGGUUGAAAGGGAUUUUGGAUGAGGUGAUUGUAGCAACGCAAAGUGCUUUUAUACCUGGCCGGUUAAUUACAGAUAAUGUUCUUGUGGCAUCCGAGGUUAUUCAUUAUUUGAACCGUAAAAGGGAUGGUAGGGAGGGUUGGUGUGCUUUGAAACUGGAUAUGGCCAAGGCUUAUGACAAAAUGGAGUGGUCAUUUUUAAAGGAAAUUAUGACACGGAUGGGUUUCGCUACUGAUUUUAUUGAACUCAUUAUGUAUUGUGUUACCACUGUUCGUUAUAAGGUGAGUAUGAAUGGGGACCUGUCUGAAUUUAUUGAGCCAACAUGCGGAUUGCGACAGGGAGAUCCCUUGUCGCCUUACUUGUUUAUCAUCUGUGCCGAGGGCCUUUCCCAUUUGUUGACUAGAGCUGUUCGACAAGGUAGAGUAUCACCUUGUGUUGUGGCUAGAGGGGCUCCUGGGAUCUCGCAUCUUCUCUUUACAGACGAUAGUUUGUUGUUUUUCAAGGCUACAGUCUGUGAGGCAGAAUCUGUCAAGUCGUGUUUAGUGAGUUAUGAGCGCAUGUCCGGCCAAACCGUUAACUACGGGAAAUCUUGUAUUGUGUUCAGCAGGAACACGGGCGAGUCUCAAAAAAAUAAUGUGGCGGCGGUUUUUCAUGUACAACAGGCAAAUAAUAUUGGCCGGUAUUUGGGACUUCCGAUGGGGAUAGGACGGAAUAAGCAAGAAGUCUUUGCAUUUAUUGAAGCCAAACUUAAACACCGGUUAGGGGGGUGGAAUAAGAAGUUUCUUUCUCGGGCGGGCAAGGAGAUACUACUGAAGAGUGUCGCUCAAGCUUUGCCUACAUAUACGAUGAGUUUAUAUUUUCUCCCCAUCUCCUUAUGUGAGCGGCUUGAAAGGUUGAUGAAUAAAUUCUGGUGGACUGCGAAUGGUGGUAGUGGUGGUGGAAUUCGGUGGAUGUCUUGGACGCGCAUGUGUGGCCCGAAAAAUACUGGUGGAAUGGGAUUUAAACAUCUCCAUAAUUUUAAUAUUGCUUUAUUAGCAAAACAAGGAUGGAGAUUGCUGACUUGUCCUGAUUCUCUGGCUGCUAGAGUUUACAAGGCUCGGUACUUUCCGCAAGCAAAUUUUCUGAAUGCUUCAAUAGGUGCUAAUCCUAGUUAUUGUUGGAGAUCCAUUUUGGCUGGGCAAGAUGUUUUAAAAAAAGGCUGUUAUAAGAGAAUUGGCAAUGGUCGAGCGACCUGUGUAUGGAAUCAGCCGUGGCUGCCAGAUGCGACUAAUCCGUUUGUGACUACUCCAGUGCAUGGUCAGGAUGCGAAUCUUCGUGUUACUGAGUUACUGCUCCCUCAUACCAAUGACUGGGAUUUGACUAAAUUAUCCAGUCUGUUUAUUCAGCGGGAUAUUGAGCUUAUUACUCAAAUCCCAGUCUCCAUCAAUUUUGAAGACAAAUGGUGCUGGAGGGGAGACUUGAGAGGCUGUUAUACUGUGAAACAAGGUUAUCGUUUGUUGUCAAUGGAGUAUGAGACCGGGUUCGCUUCGAAUGGUAUAUGGCGUAAACUAUGGUGCCUCAAAAUCCCGCCGCAUAUUCGAAACUUCCUCUGGCGGUGUGUGCAUUCUGUUAUUCCUACGAGGACUGCCCUGUUCGGCCGAGGGGUGAAUGUUGAUGUGGUAUGUCCACUGUGCUCCCAUGAACCUGAAUCUUUGCACCACUUGUUUUUCCUAUGUCCUCAAGUUAUGGCUUUAUGGGCUUCUAUUGAUCAACCUGUUGAUAGUAGUGUGUCGUUUGUUGCAUGGUUAGAAGCUGUUAUUUCUGCUGGCCCUAUGCUGACAGUGUUACGUGGGGUUGCAAUUUGUUGGUGUGUUUGGAGAGGGCGUAAUGCGUUGAUUUGGAGUGGUGAUGAUGAGCGUGCCAUGCAGCUGCCACCUUCUUUGACGGUGACGGAUGAAUUUGUGAAGUUUUUUGUUGAUGCAGCGGUGUUUCCCAACUCUGAGCAUGCUUUUUAUGGGAUUAUCAUUACUGACAGCGAUGGGAGAUAUGUGGCUGCUAAAAAUGGUUAUUUACGAUGCCAUAACAAUGUUCAUCUUGCAGAGGCUAUGGCAGUGAAGGAAGCUCUGUCUUGGGCAAAAGAUAGGGUGUGUUCAAAGAUAGUGAUGAUGUCCGAUUGUCAGUCAGUGUGUAAUUUCAUUAAUGGCUCUUCAACAGAUCUUUCAUAUGCUGGCUGUGUGAUUGAUGAGUGCAGGUCUUUGCAAAGACACUUUGAAGUAGUGUCUAUUGGUUUUAUUCCUAGAUCAGCGAAUAAGCUUGCCCAUGCUGUUGCAAGGGCGGCUCGUUCCCAACCUGGUCCUUCUAGUUGGUUAUCUUCUAUUCCUUCAUGUAUUUCGCAUUUGAUUUAA